AUGUCACUUCAAAGUGAGGGCUCCGGUAAACUUGAUGUUGAAAAUGUAUCAGAACCAAUUUAUACCGAUUCUUUCGAAGAAGAUACAUCUAGCACCCUGCUCGAAAGCGUACUCGAAUUAUCCAAAACACAAGAGAGGAAGUUAUUCAGAAAGUUUGGUAUUUUUCAUUCAACGAGUUCUUCAGCCUUUCCUUCGAAGGAGGAGGAACCCAAGAAAAUACCAUCAAAAACUAUGAAAAAACGAAGAAUUUGCUCAUCAUCUUCCAACAAAAAAGCGAAAAGGGCGAAGAAGAUAGCAUCAAUUCAAAAAAUGAAGAAAACAUCUAACGUGAAAAAUUUGAGAAGAACAAGAACAUUCACUGUGGACGAAUCUUCUAGUUUCGAACAGGAACAUGAAGAUUCCGUAGAAACAUUAGCUAGAGUUCCUGAUAACAUUUUGGACGCCAGUUUUGAAGAUUAUGAUGCGAAUAUUGAGCAUGAUAGCAUUGCUACGAAGUAUGGACUCCCCUAUGACAUAAUUCAAUGUGCUUGUUACCUGAAAGAUGAAAUAUUCGGCACUGAAAUGAUCCCAAACAGAACACUCAAAACAGUAUGUGUUUCACAAAGUUGCUGCGAUUUCGAGAAGCUUUAUGGAAAUACCAACCAAGCUGCAAAAUACUGCGAAGAUGCACAAAAAACUGAAGAUUUCAGAGCAGCCUGCGAAAUCUACAAUGGCAUCAUAAGAAAAUCUAGAGAAACCAUAGAUGAAAAAGAAUUCUCGAAAGCAGUAUCAUUGCUUAAAGUGUAUUACCCUCAUUACUGGAAAUAUGUUUCCCAAAAAGACGUACUCUAUCUGUACAAAUUCGAUAUAUGCAAAGAGAAAUUCAGCAAAACGCAACUCACUUUGUCAUGCAUGAGGUUAUUGAAGGAACAAGAGCUCCUUUCCAAGCAUUACAGGAUCAAAAUGAAAGGUCUCGAUGAUAACGUGAAGUUUAACGAUCGUCUGAAUAAUAAUUUCACCAUUGCUUGCACUUUUUUGAAGAAGGAAUAUCCCAGUCUUUUCGUCUACCUCUUGAAGAAGUAUGCCUUCAACGAAAUCCUCGCAAAUAAAUUGGAUAUAAUCAAAAAUCGACUCAAACUCAUGAGGAGGGUUCAAAUGUCGGACAAACAACUAAAAAAAUUAAAUGAAAAAUACAAGACUAUCCACAUGGCGAAUAAAUCUGGUUGA